AUGACAUUAACUUUUUCUUACGAGAUUGGCCAAGUGAAGGUAUUGAACAAGUAUUGUAAUUUGCAAGAGUUGAUCAUGAGAAUGGAGAACACCUAUUUGAGGUAUUUUAAUGAUGAAUAUUUUGCUGGAUUUAAGAAUUUGAAAGAGUUGAGAAUUUUUGGAAUGGAACGAAUUGAUGCAGAAUGGUUAAAAAGUUUACACAAUUUGGAAUUAUUAGAGUUGACAGGAUCUAUUAGAAAUAUUUCAGUAUUGGAAACAUUGCCCAAACUAUCUAAAAUAUUAUUUAAGAGAGGAAAAUUCAGACAUUUGGAUGAGCUGACAUUAUUCAACAAUUUGAGAGAAGUUGCAUUUAUAUCGAAUACUCCAUGUCAUUAUGAUACCAAUCAAAUACAGCUCCUUUCCAAGUUCGGUAGCAAUUUAACAACAUUAAAAAUUUCAAAACAUAUAAUAGGAAUGGUGGGUGCUGAGUGCAUUUCUAAAUUGAUAAGUCUUACCAACUUGGAAAUUUCAUUUGGUGGUAUCACUGAAUCGGGAGCAAGAAAAUUAUGUAAAUUGACGAAUUUGCAUUCCCUUACAAUCACAUACGAUACAAUAGAAGGAGGAACUUCACAUUUGAUUGAUUCUUUACCACACUUAACUCAUCUAGACCUCACAAGAAAUUAUAUUUUCGAUAAUCAUAUUAGAAAUAUUAGCAAGUUGAAAAAUCUGACUAGUUUGAUAUUGGAUGUAAAUAGGAUAUCAUCUCUCGAUGAAAUUUCAAAAUUGGAAACCCUAAAUUGUCUGAAAUUGAGUGGAAAUCAUAUUAAGGACGUAAAACCUUUGAGUGGUAUGAAAUUUUUGAGAAUUCUUUCAUUAUCAGGCAAUUACAUCAUGCCAAACACAAAAUAUGGGCUAUCUCUCGGACUAGCCUCGUCUAACAUUGGUGACGAAGGGGCAAAACAUCUCGCCAGCAUUCCCACUCUUAUUGAGCUUGAUCUGGAGGAAGCCAAUCUUACUGAGGAAGGAAUUGCAUUACUCUCCAAUAUCAAGACUUUAAAAGUGUAA